AAUCAGAAGGGGAAAAAAGAACCAACCCAGUCGGUUCGCCGGCCGCUCGCCGUCAUUUCGCCUUCCGGCCGCCCCGCCUCCCCCUGAUCCGGCCGUCCAGCGUCCGCGCUCGCCUCGCCUCGCCUCUCGUCUCACCGCCGGUCACUCCUGCGAUGUGAUUGUGCAUCGGCAGCGAUGGCAAUGCCAGCACCGUGUGCUGGGCAGGGCAGUCAAGCCGAGCCCAUUGUCGGUGCCGGUGCCGGUGCCGGCGUCUUGCCUCAAGACGUGGUGACGUCCUCCUGCGCCUGCCGGCAAAGACGAUCUGCCGCCUCCGAGCCGUGUGCCGGUCCUGGAGGUCCUUCCUGUCCGACCCGCUCUUCAUUGCGGCGCACAAGUCGAAGCACCCUGGGCCGCUCAUUGUCUCAUGCAUCCGCGAUCUGCUCGGAGACGGAGGAGGGACCAUCAACAUAAUGGACUUGUCUGGCCGUGUCGUCAGGCGGAUGACAACCAGCAUAGAGGAUGCCACAUUGCUGUGCACACGCCUGGACUUCAUCUGUGUGACUGGAAAGAAGAACUGCCACACAAGCGGCCACGUAAUCGACCCGGCCGCAGGGCAUACUCUGGCUUUGCCCUACAAGCGCGCGCAUGUCAGAGCUUUCGUCUCCUAUGCAUUUGAGUUGGGACAGGUUGUCUCCACGGGAGAGUACAAGGCCCUCCGAUGCGUUGGCGUCGAUGGCUGGAGCCACGGCUCUGAGCCGAUGAUCUCUGAGGUCAUCACCCUUGGUGGUGGCGCUGGCAAUCGUAAUGCAAGCUGGAGGGAGAGACCAUGUCCUCCGUGCCCUGUCACUAGUGCCUCGAAGAAAAGUGUGGUUGUCAAUGGAGUUGUCUACUUCUUGUUGGAUUUCGGAAGCCACCGCUUUACAUAUAAUGGAGACCGUGUCGAGCCAUGUAGCGUUGCUUGUUUCGACCUGGAGACAGAGGAGUGGAUGGGCACUCUCCGAGGUCCAGUCCAAGUCUGCAACUUUGUCGAAUCCGCCAAUGGAAUGUGCAGUUACAGUGAUCUAUAUCGUGAGCUCUCGCUGGUCAAUAUGAAUGGGUUCUUGGUUAUGGUCCAUGAUCCUUUGGGUUGCCCUUUGGACCUGUGGUUUUUGAUCGACAUUGAGAAAUGUCUCUGGGAUAGGAAGUAUAGCAUAGCUUUUCAAUACGAAAAUCUCUUUGCACAACCCUUGUUGGUUUUGGAAGACGGCAGAAUAGCCAUCGGUGCAUCAGAUUUGCUGCGAAUAUACGAUCCAGUUUCUGAGAGUUACACUGAAUUUCAGAUGCCAGGCUCAAGAUUGUUUGCUAUAUACACAGGAAAUUUAUUGAGUUUGAACAGCAGUUUUGCUUCUGAGGCUAAACGUUGUACGACAUGCGGGCGCUGCUUCAUCCCUGAGGCCGACCAACAUUGCGAAGAGUGUAUGUGGCAUCUGUAUUGGCUGUCGGUGGAUCCCGAUUCAGAGUACCACAAAGCACGAAUGCCACUAAGCUUGGGUGUUUGAGUAUGCCCCUCUUUUCCCUGAAAUAUAGUUCUCAAUUUCAGCCUAUGUGAGCUGCAGGGGGUGUGGUGUCCAUUCUCUAGAGGUCAUGUAUGGUUUGAGAUGUAUUUGGUCUUAGACUGGGCGUGGCAGUGCCUUGGUUUGUAACAAAAAAUGCAUGUUGCCAGACUCAAUGUUCUGUGUUUCGGUAUUA